AUGUUCGGCACACUGCUAACCCCCACAAAGGACGUAGACGUGUCUGUUAUGACAAACAAAAAAACACCGGUAGCACUUGAUGACGAGUUCAGACAAUUAGUUCUGCAGGAUGAGUAUCAGGUUCCGGACCCAGAUGACUUGAGAGAUAUCAAUGGCACUUCGGUUUUAUACAGAGGUGGUGAGUUUGGUGGCAUUGACACUUUUGCACACCUUCCUUACGCCAACUGUUAUAAUCCAGACUUGUUUGAAGAAGAGACCUUUGAUAUUGCCAUUGUAGGUGCACCUUUUGACUCUGGUGUCUCUUAUAGACCAGGUGCUAGAUUUGGACCAAGUGGUAUCAGAUUGGGUGCCAGAAGAUUAGCCCCAGCGUACUCUGUUUACAGACGGAAUUUCAACCCAUACAAAAAAUGGGCCAAGAUUGUGGAUUGUGGUGACCCCCCGGUGACCCCUCUUGACAAUAGAAUUGCUCUAGACCAAAUUUAUAGAGCAGAAAGAGCUAUUGGUAAGCACACCACAACUAAGGCAAACCCUUCUAAGUUCCCAAAGGUGUUCACUCUUGGCGGUGACCAUACCAUUACGCUACCUGCAAUCAAGGCAGCCUAUGAGAAGUACGGUAAGAUCACAGUUAUCCACUUUGAUUCUCACUUGGACACGUGGGACCCCUACUACUUCGGCGGUAACGUCACAGACUAUCAAUCCUUAAACCAUGGUACCUACUUGCACUAUGCACAUGAACAAGGUUAUUUAAAUGACAAUUCCAUACACGCUGCUAUUAGAGGCCCAUAUCCAGGUCCAAGGGAUGUUCAACACGACAAUGAUUGCGGUUUUGACAGAGUAUUGGCAAGAGAUAUCGACAAAAUCGGCAUUGACGGUGUUAUUAACAGAAUCAAGGAAAGAAUUGGCAGCAACACCGAUCCAGUUUAUAUUACAGUUGAUGUCGAUUCCAUGGAUCCAGCCUUCACUCCUGCUACAGGUACUGUUGAGCCUGGUGGAUGGUCCUCCAGAGAACUUCUUUCAGUUCUUGACGGUUUAGAAGGUUUGAACGUUGUCGGAGGUGACGUCGUAGAAGUUUCUCCUCCAUUUGAUACUGCAGAAAUCACAUCACUAGUUGCUGCACAAGUUGCAGACUCGAUUAUAUCUUUAAUGGUCAUUAAAGGUGAAGAGACCGAUUAA